CGAGCCGAGAGGCCUUCGGGAGGCGGACGUCGGAGCGGCGCCGGGCUCGGAAGCAGCGGGCGGAGGGCCCAUGACGAAGUUAGCGCAGUGGCUUUGGGGACUGGCGCUCCUGGGCUGCACCUGGGCCGCUCUGGCCACGGGCGCCCUGGGCCUGGAGCUGCCGCCGUCAUGCCGGGAGGUCCUGUGGCCGCUGCCGGCCUACCUGCUGGUGGCCGCCGGCUGCUACGCCCUGGGCACCGUGGGCUACCGCGUGGCCACGUUCCACGACUGUGAGGACGCCGCCCGCGAGCUGCAGGGCCAGAUCCGGGAGGCGCGCGCCGACCUUGCCCGCAGGGGGCUGCGCUUCUGACACCCCCACCGCCGUCCCUCCCGUCGCCCAUUAAAGAGAAGCUUAUUUUCUAAGUUGGUUUAGUUGGAGUGUGGCCAGUGGGGAUGGGGCCUCUGUGCGGCGGCCGCGGAGGAGGGACCGUCGGCGAGUCACCAGCCCGACGUCAUCUCAGCUCCAGCUUCGCAUCCUUGCUUGUGGGCCUCCGACAGCUCCAAAGGAGCAAAGACCUCUUCUCCAUCUCUCUCAGGAUGGACAAGUCUUUCCACUCUCUUGGUCCUUUUAGCCUGCCUACCGUGUCAGGAAGGAGUUCUAGAAGUCUGCCUUCCGUUCCUCACAACAUCCAGGCUGCUCUCUGAAGGGCUUCCUGGGCCCUUCUAACUUCGUGGUUCCUUCAAAUACCUCUUCUGGGCCCACCCCAGCAACCCCAGAACAACUGUGCGUCGGGCGCCGCGUCUCUACCCGUCACGGACCAGGCAGGUUGAGAAUCACCAGAGACCCGGCUUUGAUGGGCGGGGGUAGCGAACAAUUUAUUUUAAGGCACAUUCUGACGAUUGCACCCCAACCUCCACAAUUAAAAAAUAGAAUCUAUAAAAAAUAA